GCGGCGGGCAGGCGCUGCCCCCGAGCUGGGCCGAGCGGAGCUCACCCGGUGCCGGGCGAUGGAGCACACAUACGGGGAGGUGAACCAGCUGGGCGGAGUAUUCGUGAACGGGCGGCCGCUGCCCAACGCCAUCCGGCUGCGGAUCGUGGAGCUGGCCCAGCUCGGCAUCCGGCCCUGCGACAUCAGUCGCCAGCUCCGCGUCUCACACGGCUGCGUCAGCAAGAUCCUGGCCCGCUACAACGAGACCGGCUCCAUCCUGCCCGGGGCUAUCGGCGGCAGCAAGCCGCGGGUCACCACCCCCAACGUGGUCAAGCAUAUCCGCGACUACAAGCAGGGAGACCCCGGCAUCUUCGCCUGGGAGAUCCGCGAUCGGCUGCUGGCCGACGGCGUCUGCGACAAGUACAACGUCCCCUCGGUCAGCUCCAUCAGCAGGAUCCUGCGGAACAAGAUCGGGAGUCUCUCCCAGCCCGGUCCCUACGACGGCGGCAAGCAGCCCCCGCCGCAGCCUGCUCUGCCCUACAACCACAUCUACCAGUACCCUUACCCCAGUCCCAUGGCCUCCACAGCCGCCAAGAUGGGGGGUCACCCCGGAGGGCCCGUGGCCGCCGCUCACGUCAGCUUGCCACGCUCCUGGCCCUCGGCUCACUCCGUCACCAACAUCUUGGGCAUCCGCACCUUCGUGGAGCAGACGGGGGCUCUGGCUGGCACAGAGGGGUCCGCUUACCCCCCCAAAAUGGAAGACUGGCCCAGCGUGAACAGGACAGGCUUUCCCUCAACUCAGACUGUCAACGGCAUUGACAAGGCUGCCAUGGAAGGAGAUAUCAAAUACCCGCAGCCGCCGCCGGGACUCUCCUCGGUGAGUAGCUUCCUCCCAGCCUGUGCUUAUCCCCCUUCCAAUCAACACGGCGUCUACGGCGGCCCGGCCGGCGGCUAUCUCCCCGCGGGCCCUCCCUGGCCACCACAGGGUAGCCCUUUGGGCCACCAUGGACCCAGCGUGACAGUGCACGGAGGAGACUUGGCCACGGCGAUGGCGUUCAAGCAGCCCGGGAGGGAAGCUGUGGACAGGAAACCUGUCAGCCCUGUGGGGAAACCUCCAGACCCUCUAAAUACCAUCCAUGGACUCUCUGUCCCAGCCUCCUCCUCCUCGAGCUGCUGAGCAGUGGUUCAGAGACAGUGACUCUUGGAAUAAGCACCUGUGAACUCUAACUGAAGCCCAAAGUGCUGCCAAACUGUACCCAAAGUGCCAUUGAAGAGUACCCUAAGUGCCAGUACCUUGGGCAGGUGCCUGCAGGGAUGAAGGUGUGCCUGGAUGGUCAGAGGUGACAUCCUCCGAGGCAAAACCCCGUGCAGGGAAGCACAGUCUGGAUGUUCACUCACACUGCACCUCUGCUGGGUUGGAAAGAGGUGACAGGAGAGACUCAGCCUUCUUUAUUUUGUCUCCCCCCUCCUUGUUUUCAGUUUUUCUUUCUCCUUCCCAUGUUGCCAAGACUGUUGGAUGCAGGGCAGCAAACACCUCCACCCCAGCCAUCAUCUAUGCCCCAGCAUGGGAAUGCACAAAUGUGCCACAAUGUUUUAUGAUAUAUUUUUAUAACAACAAACCUUAAUAAAAAGUGACUAUGGUGGGCA